AUUGAGGGGCUGCGAGCUGAGCAGUUGCCAUGGUCCUGGGAUCUGCUGCACUAUUCGUCUUGAGCCUGUGUGUCACUGAGCUGACCCUCCAUGCUGCUGACACCUGCCCAGAGGUGAAGGUCCUGGAUCUGGAGGGCUCCAACAAACUCACCAUCCUUCAAGGCUGCCCUGGCUUGCCUGGAGCCCUGGGGCCCAAGGGAGAGGCUGGUGCCAAAGGAGAUAGAGGAGAGAGUGGCCUUCCUGGACACCCUGGAAAGGCGGGGCCAACUGGACCCAAAGGAGACCGAGGAGAGAAGGGAGUGCGUGGAGAAAAAGGAGACACCGGGCCCUCCCAGUCAUGUGCUACAGGACCUCGGACCUGCAAGGAGUUGCUCACCCGGGGCUACUUUCUCACUGGCUGGUAUACCAUCUACCUGCCAGACUGCAGGCCCCUGACCGUGCUGUGUGAUAUGGACACAGAUGGUGGAGGCUGGACCGUCUUUCAGAGAAGGAUCGACGGCACGGUGGACUUCUUUCGGGACUGGACCUCAUACAAACAAGGCUUCGGCAGCCAGCUGGGGGAGUUCUGGCUGGGGAACGAUAACAUCCAUGCUUUAACCACCCAGGGAACCAAUGAGCUGCGGGUGGAUCUUGCAGACUUCGACGGCAACCAUGACUUUGCCAAGUACAGCUCCUUCCAGAUCCAGGGAGAGGCCGAGAAAUACAAGCUCAUUCUGGGGAACUUCCUCGGUGGUGGUGCUGGUGACUCCCUGACUUCCCAAAACAACAUGCUUUUCUCCACCAAAGACCAAGACAACGACCAGGGAUCCUCCAACUGUGCCGUGCGUUACCAUGGAGCCUGGUGGUACUCUGAUUGUCACACUUCCAACCUGAAUGGCCUCUACCUUAGGGGUCUCCAUAAGAGCUAUGCAAACGGUGUCAAUUGGAAGUCAUGGAAAGGGUACAACUACAGCUACAAGGUUUCUGAAAUGAAGGUGCGCCUCAUCUAGCUCCCCACAAAGAGAGUGCCCCUCCCAAACUCUAGCAUACCAGCAACAGGAGUCUUCUAUCUUUCUUCAGCCAAGGAAGGAGUGUGCCACCCCGCCCGGCUCUGCUCAUUGCCCACAUUCCACACAGCCCAUGACCUCUGACCUGGCUCUCUUCACAUACCUAUAUUCUCACCACAAAGAAAAAAUUGAAUUUACAAAA